AUGGGUUCCAAUCUGCCUGCCCAGCCAAACCUUCGGCUCACAAUUAUUGCGGCGGAUGGGUUAUACAAGCGCGAUGUGUUCCGAUUCCCUGAUCCGUUCGCUGUAGCCACAGUCGGUGGUGAGCAAACCCAUACGACAUCGGUGAUCAAGAAGACACUGAACCCCUAUUGGAAUGAGAUGUUUGAUCUGCGGGUCAACGAAGAUAGUAUCCUCGCAAUCCAGAUUUUUGACCAGAAGAAAUUCAAGAAGAAGGACCAGGGGUUCCUCGGUGUGAUCAAUGUGCGAAUUGGAGAUGUGAUCGAUUUACAGAUGGGUGGUGAUGAAAUGCUCACUCGGGAUCUCAAGAAGUCCAAUGAUAAUCUGGUCGUACACGGCAAAUUGAUCAUCAACCUAUCUACGAACUUGAGCACACCGAAUACCAAUCAAGCUAAUGGCCUGCAUCGGUCACAUGUCCAGUCAUCGACAUCCAGCGGCCUCGUCCCGCAAGUGGCCCCGUCGUCUUCGCAUCCCGCCGCCAGUACUGCAGCUCCAGUCGAUCCAUCCGUGUCGAAUCCAUCCCUUAAUCCCCAACGUGUUCCUUCCACUACCCGGCCAUCAAGCACCGCCGCUCCCGCCAACGCAGCUGGGGCAGCCGCAAACAAUAGCCAUGGAUCUCGCACCAACCUCAGCUCGUUCGAAGAUAGUCAAGGUCGACUGCCAGCCGGCUGGGAGAGGCGAGAAGACAACUUGGGACGAACCUAUUAUGUGGACCACAACACAAGAACCACCACUUGGACAAGGCCAUCAUCGAAUUACAAUGAGCAUGCGCAACGGUCCCAGCGCGAAGCUAAUAUGCAACUUGAACGGAGAGCCCACCAGAGUCGAAUGCUACCGGAGGAUCGUACUGGCGCCAACUCACCUAAUCUGCCGGAGGGUUCGCAGCAGGCCCACACCCCGCCGGCCGGGGGCAGUGCCAAUGCUGUUUCUAUGAUGGCAACAGGAGCCACGACUGCAGGCACUGGCGAGCUUCCUCCGGGAUGGGAGCAGCGGACUACCCCCGAGGGGCGACCAUACUUUGUGGAUCACAACACCCGUACCACGACAUGGGUGGACCCGCGACGGCAGCAGUACAUCCGGAUGUAUGGACAGAAUGCCAAUGGCACGAAUACUACGAUCCAACAGCAGCCGGUAUCACAGCUGGGACCCCUGCCCAGUGGUUGGGAGAUGCGCUUGACCAAUACAGCGCGAGUGUACUUUGUCGAUCACAACACCAAGACGACGACGUGGGACGACCCCCGCCUGCCGUCGUCCUUGGACCAGGGUGUACCACAGUAUAAGCGUGACUUCCGGCGCAAGCUGAUUUACUUCCGUUCUCAGCCCGCUCUGCGAAUCAUGUCCGGACAAUGUCACGUCAAGGUGCGCCGGAACAAUAUCUUCGAGGACUCGUACGCCGAAAUCAUGCGGCAGAGUGCAUCAGACUUGAAGAAGCGCUUGAUGAUCAAGUUUGAUGGUGAAGACGGUCUCGACUACGGUGGUCUUUCUCGUGAAUUCUUCUUCCUUCUCUCCCACGAAAUGUUUAAUCCGUUUUAUUGCCUUUUCGAAUACUCCGCACACGAUAAUUACACACUACAGAUUAAUCCCCAUUCGGGCGUGAACCCCGAGCACCUCAACUAUUUCAAGUUCAUUGGACGAGUCGUCGGACUUGCCAUUUUCCACCGCCGUUUCCUCGAUUCUUUUUUCAUUGGUGCGUUCUACAAGAUGAUGCUUCGGAAGAAGGUUUCUCUCCAAGAUAUGGAGGGUGUUGACGAAGAUCUCCACCGUAAUCUCACGUGGACUUUGGAUAAUGAUAUUGAAGGUGUUCUGGAACUCACCUUCUCCGUUGAUGACGAAAAGUUUGGUGAGCGUCGCACGAUCGAUCUCAAGCCCGGUGGCCGAGAUAUUCCUGUCACAAACGAGAACAAGGGAGAAUAUGUCGAGCUGGUCACUGAGUGGAAGAUUGUCAAGCGCGUUGAGGAGCAGUUCAACGCCUUCAUGUCCGGCUUUAACGAGCUGAUUCCCGCGGAUCUGGUCAACGUUUUUGACGAACGUGAAUUGGAGCUGUUGAUCGGAGGUAUUGCCGAUAUCGACGUAGAUGACUGGAAGAAGCACACAGAUUACCGUGGCUACCAGGAGUCAGACGAAGUCAUCCAGAAUUUCUGGAAGGUUGUCAGAAGCUGGGAUGCUGAGCAGAAGUCGCGUCUUCUCCAAUUCACCACUGGUACAUCUCGUAUUCCAGUCAACGGGUUCAAGGACCUUCAAGGCUCUGACGGGCCGAGACGGUUCACCAUUGAAAAGUCUGGUGAUCCGGCAGCAUUACCCAAGUCUCACACAUGCUUCAAUCGUCUUGACCUUCCCCCGUACAAGUCGUACGAAACACUGGAACACAAGAUGUCCAUUGCCGUGGAGGAAACAUUGGGUUUUGGACAGGAGUAG